CCCGGAGCCGGGCCCCCCCAGGAGCGCCAGCCGGAGCCGCCGCCAUUCGCCAUGCAGCCUGCUUCUGCGAAGUGGUACGACCGAAGGGACUAUGUCUUUAUUGAAUUUUGCGUUGAAGACAGUAAAGAUGUUAAUGUAAAUUUUGAAAAAUCCAAACUUACAUUCAGUUGUCUUGGAGGAAGUGAUAACUUUAAACAUUUAAAUGAAAUUGACCUUUUUAAUAAUAUUGAUCCAAAUGAAUCAAAGCAUAAAAGAACAGACAGAUCUAUCUUGUGUUGUUUACGAAAAGGAGAAUCUGGUCAGGCAUGGCCAAGGUUAACAAAAGAGAGGGCAAAGCUCAACUGGCUCAGUGUGGACUUCAACAACUGGAAAGACUGGGAAGAUGAUUCAGAUGAAGACAUGUCCAAUUUUGAUCGCUUUUCUGAGAUGAUGAACAACAUGGGUGGAGACGAUGACGUAGACUUGCCAGAAGUAGAUGGAGCAGAUGAUGACUCACCAGACAGUGAUGAUGAAAAAAUGCCAGAUCUGGAGUAAGGAAAACUGUUGUCUUCAGGGUUUGGGGAAAGAACUUCAUCACAACAUUUCAUAAUUGAGAUAAGAAUUCCUGAGUUGAUAGCCCUAAAGGGAGAUCCUGCAUCCUUUAACCCAUUUUCAGUCCAUUUUUAAAUGGCUUCACUGAUGGUAGGUGUGUACCAUUGUACGGGGCGGUCUUAAGCCACGAGAGGCAAUAACGUUAUGCAUGAACCGUUUUCCAGACUUCCAAAAAAACCCAAUUGAGGUGUAGGCAAUCGAUACAGAACAGUUGCAAUAAAGUUUACAGAGCCUCCUUGCCUCGUAGCAGAUGUAAUUACAAUGGGAGAAUCCUGAAUUUACACCAAGUGGUAAAUGAGCAUUUUUUUUUUUCCCCUCUCUGCGGCCUGAAAUUGUACAUUUGUAUCAGGGAACAAAACUGGCUGAAACAAGAAUGUUGUCAUUGGCUCACGAAAUUCAGCAGGCGAUGCGCAAAUACCUCUGUGGUGUCUUCAGGUCUGUUCCACUAAAGUUUGUAUUGAAAAGGAAACAAAUUUCUCCUCCUUUGGUGUUUAAUCGCGAGUCGCGGGUGGCAGGAGCCUGUCCCCUUCGCCCCUAAAGCUUGACAUCUCCCCCGGGGUGCGCGUGGCUGUACAUUGUUGCUUGUUGAUCUGUACGUUUAGACCAAAUCGUAUUUGCACUGUGGGUAUGGAAGCGAGUGACAGACCGUGGGGCGGCUUCGAACCGGGCUGAAAAACCUCAAUUUAUGUUCAGAGCAGCGGGGAUUUUUUUAAUGUCUACAUUCUUUCUAAUAAACUGUUGA